CUGGGGGCGGUGCGCGGGACCGUGGCGCUUCCGGCAGCGGGAGGCGGCGCCGAGCGGGACCGAACGGUUCGGGUAGCGGCCGGGGAGGCGGAUCUGGGACGAUGUCUGGGGAAGUGCCACCCAACAUUAACAUCAAGGAGCCUCGAUGGGACCAAAGCACUUUUGUCGGCCGUGCCAAUCACUUCUUCACUGUCACGGAUCCUAGGAACAUCCUCCUAACAAACGAACAACUAGAGAAUGCAAGAAAGGUCGUGCAUGAGUACAGGCAAGGAAUUGUUCCUGCUGGCCUCACGGAAAAUGAGUUGUGGAGAGCAAAGUACGUGUAUGAUUCAGCUUUCCAUCCUGACACGGGUGAAAAGAUGAUUCUGAUAGGAAGAAUGUCAGCUCAAGUCCCAAUGAACAUGACCAUCACGGGCUGCAUGAUGACAUUUUACAGGACCACACCAGCUGUGCUUUUCUGGCAGUGGAUAAACCAGUCCUUCAAUGCUGUUGUCAAUUACACCAAUAGAAGCGGAGAUGCUCCCCUCACCGUAAAUGAGCUGGGUACGGCUUAUGUUUCUGCUACAACCGGUGCUGUAGCGACAGCCCUAGGACUUAAUGCCUUAACCAAGCGCGUCUCACCACUGAUAGGACGUUUUGUCCCCUUCGCUGCCGUGGCUGCUGCUAACUGCAUUAACAUUCCGCUGAUGAGGCAAAGGGAACUCAAAGUCGGCAUUCCUGUCACUGAUGAAAAUGGCACCCGAUUGGGAGAAUCGACCAAUGCUGCAAAACAAGCCAUCACGCAGGUGGUCGUCUCCAGGAUCCUCAUGGCAGCCCCCGGCAUGGCCAUCCCUCCAUUUAUCAUGAACACGUUGGAAAAGAAAGCCUUUCUGAAGAGGUUCCCGUGGAUGAGUGCACCAAUUCAAGUCACGUUGGUUGGCUUUUGUUUGGUCUUCGCCACCCCCCUGUGCUGUGCUCUAUUUCCUCAGAAGAGUUCCAUGCCUGUGACAAGCUUGGAGGAUGAGUUGCAAGCCAGCAUCCAAAGGAGUCAUCCUGAAUUACAGCGCGUGUACUUUAACAAGGGCCUGUGAAGCCAGGAUCAAGCCCUGGAGGCUCCUCCUGCCAUCUGUGAACCUCCCGAAACCACAGCAGUGAGGAAAUCCCAUGUGAUGGGGCAUUCCCAGUUACAAAAGCCUCUAAAAGAUCUGCAUUAGAGUCAAGCUGCCCAUUGACAUGGCACCCAGUGCCAGUCAGGAGCAUGACAUUUGAAUCAUGUUGUAAUUUACAAACAUACCCUUCUGGUAGACUUUAAUGAUACCGUUUUUUCAAAGCCCUCACCUCGAGCUUUCAAAAGCACUGGUAGGCAUAGCAUAGGUGCUCCAGUUACCGGCCCAGUAAACAUUGGUUGUCAAUCAUUGGAAAGGUUACCCAUUUCAUUCCUACUUCUGUUCCACAGAGGCCUCAGCCGUGAAUUGGGAAAAUACAAAAGGUCUAAGACUAAAUAUACAAGUGUAAAUACUAAGGAAACUUUGUCUACAGUUUGGCAGUGGACCAGUCCAAAAUAGAUGGUGAUAAAAAUUGAGGUUCAGAGAGUAAACACUCCGUCCACCUUCCUAAAGUCAGCCACAGAGCAGGGUGUGAACUGGCCCCUGCAAUUACCAUGUGUUCACAGUACUCACUUCUCUUGGUUAACUUUCCAGUUUGUCUAGUAUUCUUAUAAAAUUAUUAAUUUGACCUCAAAGGUACUUUAUAAUCAUGAAUUUUCAUCAAAUAAUUAACUGAAAUGCACAGUGCCAGGUUUAGGAGUAUAUUCAGUACCAGUGCAGUCUGGUUUGUUGGGUUUUUUAGACAUGAAACUACAGUUCACAGUCCCUAUGUGCCUUUUUUUUUUCUUUUCUUUUUUUUUGGUUUUUGGUUUUUGGGGGUUUUUUUGGCUUUCAUGAAGAUACAAAGAUAAUAAAUGAACAAGUCAGCAACAGUGAAUGUUGUGUUACAUUCCACCCUGUUUGUUUGAAGACCAUGAAAUUAUGUAGCACAUCUGCAUCUCCAUAGCGAUUUUACAUGUUACGUGUUCAGUGUAGCUGAAGUCAUGUUGGAAGUAUGUAGAUGUUCCCUGUCAUAGACAAGCCACUUGUUACACUGAGUGUAAAUCAUUGUAAUUCAGAGAUUUGUAAGUGGGAAAAAAAAAUAUUAGAAACUAUCUAGUUUCUGUAGAUCUUUUUCCUGAUAAUGUGUCCAGAUUGAAUUUCCUCAUAAAAAAAAAGGUGUGCCUUGUGUCUGUUUCUCUGUUCUCUAAAAGGAUGUAUGGAUCUGAAGCUCUCAUCCCCCACCCCCACCCCAUGCUGCUGGAAUCUUCUGUAGCAUUGAAUGCCAAGCCACUUGAAAUGCAAUGGCUUCUUGUGACAUUCUGGCCUUGGACAAGCCUUGCUGCCAUUACUGCUAACAUUUAAAUGGUGGUGAGAGCCUGGAGUUCAGGGCUCCACAAGGUGCCUAGAGGACAUUUCUGUGUGAAGCUGCAGGCCUUGGGGUCCGCCCCACCCAGCUGGUCACUGAGCUGUUGCCCCAGUGCGUGUGGAGCUCUGAGAACGUGAAAACGCAGAUGGGAGACAGACAAAUGCCAAGUGUCCGCCCAGGUGUAGUGAGGAAUGAGCAGUGGGUGUGGAGCUGCCUCUUUUAAAUCUGUUUCUAGAAAUUCGGGCCUCUUAGUGCUUUUGUAUAGGAAUACUCACUGUGUGGUUUAAUCGUGGUUUAUUUAAAAAAAAAAAAAAAAGACAAAAGAACAAAUGAGUGAAAAUUGGCAAUCUUUGCUGAUCUUUUAAAAACACUUUUCUUCUGAAGACAAAGCCACAUGAAGUGCAAUAAGGUUGUAAGGUGACUAGUUAAUAUUUCUCUAAUGUGAGCUAGAGUUGCGUGUGUGACUGACUAGCAGCUAUCAGUAUUAGCGAGGUGUCUUGCCAAUGUCAGAGCCAAUGUGUCAUUUCAGUUUAACUGAUGAAAUGUCAAAUAAAUGCAGAAUGAAAAUAAACUUUGUCUUUGUUCGUAUGUGAAACAUGCAGUUGAGUGUUACAGUCUGUGGCGCCUUUCAUCUGCGCCUCACCAGUAACUCCUAAUGCCACAUUCUGUGUUCUUGCCAAUCUUU